ACGUCACGCACACGUGUCUGUCACGUGGUCGCAGGACACGCCCCCGCCGCUGUCACUGCUGCUGCUGCUGAAGUUUCUAUGAUGGCGGCCAGUAAUUAUUAUGGAUUCACGCAUGCAGCAGCCGCUGCCGCCGCCGGCCCGCAGUACAGUGCCCAGCCGCCUCCUGUGUAUUCCCACCCAACCACGGGCAGCUAUAGUGUCCAGCCCGUCCCUGCAGUGGCCCAUGCGGUGACAGCCUCGUACCCUUCUGCCACCGCCCAACCGGUGAGUCCCGUUGUAACUGCCCCUUACCCCACGUACCAGCCCCAUCCCGCCCCCAACUACGGCUACCGACAGCCCGAAACAUCCCCACAACUGACGCCCACCCCUCAAACUUACCAGGUGUUGGCUGAACCGGAGAAUUAUAGCUACGGUCGACCACCACCAGUCAGCAGCUUUGAGAACAAGCAGUACUUUCAAACGAGCAUCGCACCCGCGCAGAGAACCGUGACCGAGGCCUACUUCCAGACAGGGCUGAAAAGUGGCUACAGCCCCACGAGUACAGCGUACAGUCAGCCGCCUGUUCAACGGCAGGUCACCGCUCUCAAACCCCCUCCCGCUGUGAGCUCUGUGUCCUCUAGCUACACCAUCUACCCCACAUCAACCAGCGUGCAGCAAACUCCAGCCCCCAUAUCCACUUACACCCCUAGUUCUUCCUUCAACUCCACAGCUGCGACAUCCUACUCCGCCGGUCUCAGCUAUUCCAACUAUGAGUCUAGCAUUUACACAUCCACGCCUUCGUACUUCCAGCCGGCGCAGUUGGCGCCCCAACAGGCACAGCCUCAACCGCCCCUCCAGCAGCCACAACAGCCUCCACCACCACAGCAGACACAACAACCUCCCAAACAGCUCUCCAACUCCUCCUGGAGCAACAAGGGCAGCGGCGCACUCACCAGCUCCACCGUCAACACGUACAAGAAACCCGUUUUCCAUCAGAACAAGAUCCAGAAGCCCAAAGGUCCACCUAAACAGCCACAGCUGCACUAUUGCGAUAUCUGCAAGAUUAGCUGUGCUGGUCCACAGACGUAUCGAGAACAUCUGGAAGGACAGAAGCACAAGAAGAAAGAGGCGGCUCAGAAGAGUGGCAGUCAGGUGACUAACGGACCUCGCGGUGUCCAGACGCAGCUGCGCUGUGAACUGUGUGAUGUCUCAUGCACCGGCGCCGAUGCAUACGCCGCACACAUCCGGGGAUCCAAGCACCAGAAGGUGGUGAAGUUGCACACCAAACUUGGCAAACCCAUCCCUUCCACGGAGCCCGUUUUCGUGAACUCUGCCCCUGCUACUGUGACGAUGACUACUAGCAAGACAGCGGUGAAAACCACUCCUACCCCAACAUCGGUUGCGCAGAAGACUCCGGCGGUGACUCUUUCCAAACCUGUGGCGUCUCCUGCCGAGAAACCUGCCACUGCUAAAGUUGCCAUUAUCGGCAGCAGAACGUCCACACCAGCUCCGGUAAAACUGGAGGAGGUGAAGCCAACUGUGGUGAAGACGGACACUUUGAGCGACGAUGAGGACGGUGACGGGACUGGAGCUCAAGGAGACAUUCAGCCCGUGGGACACGAUUAUGUUGAAGAAGUUCGAAAUGAUGACGGAAAGGUGAUUCGCUUUCACUGUAAGCUGUGUGAAUGCAGUUUCAAUGAUCCCAAUGCUAAAGACAUGCACCUGAAGGGACGGAGACACCGACUGCAGUACAAGAAAAAAGUGAACCCAGACCUCCCAGUGGAGAUCAAGCCCAGCAAUCGAGCGCGGAAACUUCUGGAAGUCAAACUGCGAAAGCAGAAACAGAAAUCUGUGCUGAAGAGACAACAAGAGGACGAACAACGCUGGUACACAGAAAUGAGCAGGAGGUACGAGGAGGACAUGUACUGGAGGAGGAUGGAGGAUGAGCAGUUAUACUGGGUGGAGAUGAGGCACAGAAUGGCUCCGCCCCCUCUCAUGGGCCGGCCCAGCAUCCCGGUGCCUCCCCUAUUGCCCGUGCGGCGUCCUGAUUCGCCCGACGACCGCCACAUCAUGGCCAAACACUCGGCCAUCUACCCCGUGGAGGAGGAGCUUCAGGCCGUCCAGCGAAUCGUGUCGCAUUCUGAGCGCGCUCUCAAACUGGUGUCCGAUUCGCUGCUGGAGAAGGAGGCGUGUGCUGCGGACGACGACAACGACGUGGCGGACAAACAGUCGGAGUCUCAGGCUCGUGUUCUCAAAGGAGUCAUGCGUGUGGGAAUCCUGGCUAAAGGUCUCCUCCUGCGUGGCGACCGCAAUGUCCAGCUCAUCUUGUUGGCGGCCAAGAAACCCACCGCCUCUCUGUUGAGAACCGUUGCAGAACAACUGCCCAAACAGCUAGCGACCUUUUCUGAAGAUCAGUAUGAGGUGCAGGUACACCCUGAGGAAGCCAACAUCGUCAUUUUUUCAAGCAAGGAACCAAAAAUGCAGGUCACCAUCUCUCUUACCUCGCCAGUGAUGCGCGAAGACCCCGUCCCCAACAUGGAGAAAGUGUCAGAAAAAGACCCUCUGGAUGUUCUCAGCAGGACCAAGUGCCUUGAGAAUUUAGCAGCUCUGCGACAUGCUAAAUGGUUUCAGGCUCGAGCAAACGGUCUUCAGUCUUGCGUCAUCGUUAUUCGGGUUCUGCGGGAUCUCUGUCAGCGUGUACCUACCUGGGGCAAGAUGCCUGACUGGGCCAUGGAGCUGCUUGUUGAAAAAGUUAUUAGCAGUGCAUCGGGUCCAAUCAGUCCUGGAGAAGCUCUGCGGAGGGUCCUCGAAUGCAUCGCCACCGGGGUUCUCCUGCCAGAUGGUCCAGGUCUUCUCGACCCGUGUGAGAAAGGUCAAACAGAUGCUCUGGGAAGCGUUUCGAAACAAGCUCGGGAGGAUGUGACUGCCAGUGCCCAGCAUGCGCUGCGACUGCUGGCUUUCCGUCAGAUCCAUAAAGUCCUCGGCAUGGGCUCGCUGCCGGUCUCCAAGACUGGAGCUCGAAACCGCAAGAGACGGCGCGACGGCAGCGACACCGGCGAGGGAGAAGCCGACGGAAAGAAGGAUAAAAAAGAUGAUUCUCACAUCCCUUGAGACCUCUGCGUAAUCCUCGCAAGCUGUUAUGUCCUUAAGAAAUGUAUAAAUAUCACUCGAAGGGGAAAAAACACAACAUCCGAUGGUUCCUUUUUUCAAAAGGACAAGAGAUGGAAAAAAACGUAGUCGUUCCUCUUUUAAUGAUGCAAUACGUUUUUCUAUUACAUUUGAGCUGAAAAUAGGCCCAAAUGCAGCAGCCGCACCCCUUUGUCAGAACAUCAGAUGAUGAGUGAACGUCGCUGACAAUCAGUGACCAAAAUAAUAAUAUAUAAAGUUACUGAACGUCACAUCAGCUCUAUUAGGCACUUUGACAUAUUAAUGGCACUUAAUUAAAAGCUUUAAUUAUCCAGACACAGGCCAGUCUUUUUUGUUUACAUCAUAUAUAUAUAUAUAUAUAUAUAUAUAUAUAUAUAUAUAUAUAUAUAUAUAUAUAUAUAUAUAAUUUUUAUUUUAUUUUUACAGUGGGGCCCAAAACUCUUAUGUCCACAUUGACAUUUUUAUUUCCCAGACAUUUUAAAAAUAAAUGUUGUAUUAUUUUGAAAAAUCUAAAAUGACCAUCAUAGCAAAAAAUUUAUACGAAUCAAUUACUAAUAAAAAUACGGUAAUUUAGUGACAGUGCAAUAUGUAAGCAGAUGGACAUUGCUGUCAAAUUUUUUGGCAGAAAAUACAAUUUAAAUUUGUUUUUUUUUUCUGGAAAAAUUAUUAAAAUAUUAUAUAUAUUUUUUUUCUGGAAAGAUAAUAAUAAUAAAAAAAAAGAUUCCUUGAAAAAAAUUUUUUUUUAAAUACAUUUUAUUUAUUUUUCAUGGAAAAAAAUGAAUUCUCAGACUUUUGGAUCCCACUGUAUAAACACAAAAUAUUUAGAUAUAUUUAGAAAUAUAAAUCUGUUCUAUGUAAUAUUAUUAUAAUGUACUAUAUAAUAAUAUCAUGUAUGAUAUUAUUGCAAAUUAAUUAGUUUCUCUACUCUGUAUCUUUAAAAAAAAAAAAAAAUUUUUUAAAACACAUAGUAUAGUAUUCACUAAUAAGCGACACGAUUCAGCUUUGUGUGGUUGUUUAUUAACCCGACACUGGAUUUAUACACGCUUAGGCAUCAGAUCAGAGGAAAUAAGAAAAUCGAAUAAAAUAUUUAGAUUUAUUACUCCUCUGCGGUCAUUAUUUUUAUUUGCAUACCGAUUAAUUGCUCAUUUCACAGCGCGAAGCUGGCGUUUCGACAGGGUUUCGAGUCGUCGUUAUCUAGCGAACGACGCGAAAACACAACGGUAAAGUCUGUGGUUCUUCACACGUGCCUGCGGUAAAGACUUAAAGUACUUGAAAUGUGAACGAGGAGGUGAAUUUACGGUUCUUCAUAUUGCAAUAUAAUAUAAUCUAAUACCUCUCUAUUCUUACAUUUUUAUACAAAAGAGUAAAAUCUAACGAGAGAUGCGCAGUUCGGUAGAAAGGUUGCUGAGCGUAUAUCGAACUGAUUAUUCGUGUCGCCUGAGUUUGCGCUCUGCCAGCUGUUUCUACGUACAAUGCGAACGUAUGCCGGCGUUUUUAAAUGUUCCUGUUGAGUGUUUGUUCUGGUUUUGUGGGACUGUGAAUAAUUGUAGUGUGAUCUUUCUUUCUUUCAGUUGGAAUAUCUGUGUAGUGCUGCUUCACUAAAUAAACGGAGAAAACGA